GGGAGCGGGUACCUGUCAAAUUUGGGUACCCACUCCCACUUCCGCUGCGAUCACCUUGGCGAUUGGAAGCGGAAGUUGUACUCCCUCCCUCCCCGUAGUCUUGUGGGACACGUGACAGGUCCCAGAAGACUAUGGGGCCAUUCAGGAAGCGCAGCACUACUCGUAUAUGCGCAGUGAGCACCCGGCUGUAAAGCCACAAUCUGUCACAGCCGGGUGCCCACACUGAAGAUGCCGACACCUGGAACACCAGACAGCUUGAGAAACGGGCUAUGGGGAGGGCACUC